CGAAUAAAUAGGGAGGAGAAGAACAGAAAAGCUGCUAACUUACGCAGCGCAAAACCCACCACGUGUAUGUGUGUGUUCUUGUGUUCAUCUCGUGUGAGCUGAGUGCCUGGUGAGUGAGAGUUGGUAACUUCAAGCGGUGGCAGGCGCGCGGUGGCGUUCCGCAUCUCGGGCGACAAGGGCACAAGACCUUCUUCUUGGGCUGCGGGUUCUACGGACCCGGCACGCAGGACACGCUCUGCGACGACGCCGGCCGCCGGCCGGCGACUGCUACAUCGAGGGCUCCAUCGACUUCAUCUUCGUCUAUGAUGGCCGCUCCCUACAAGCGUUGUUCUCCCGUGCGGCGCUGCUGGAGAUUCGUGCGAAAGCAUCGAGCGAUAGAAAAGGGCUCGCGGGGUGGCGGAGGCCGCGAAGGGCGACAGCAGAGGCGGCGCGGGGCGCGCAGGGCAGCGGCCGCGAAGGGCCACAGCGGCGCCGGCGUGGACCGCGUCUUCGUCGACCACCCAUUGUUCCUCGAGAAGGUUUGGGGCAAGACCGGCGAGAAGAUCUACGGCCCCGACACCGGCACGGAAUUAAAAAACAACCAGCUCCGCUUCAUGAUAAACGAGUGACUAUAAUCCGGUAAACAAUCGAUAUUAACUUGGUAAACAAACGAUAUGGCAAACGAGUGAUUUUUAACCUGAUUAACGAGUAACACUGACCUGGUAAAGGAGUGACUAUGACCCGGUAAAUAAACGAUAUGGUAAACGAGUGAUUUUAGACCUGAUUAACGAGUAACACUAACCUGGUAAAGGAGUGACUAUGACCCGGUAAACAAACGAUAUGAUAAACGAGUGAUUUUUAACCUGAUUAACGAGUAACACCAACCUGGUAAACAAGUGGUAUUAAUCUGGUAAACAAGUGACUAUAACCUGGUAAACGAGUGAUUAUAACCUAGUACUAAUAAACAAGUGAUAUAGCAAAGUGUCUAAGCAAAUAAAAGAUGUCAUCAGAUCAUAAAAAUACAUCCAAGUCAUCUAACGGGGACGACACACGCUAGUGUAAUCGCAUCCAAAAGAAAAACGGGACGCGAGUUGGGUGAAACGUGCGCUGCAUGAGUAGAUUGUUGUGCGCACAGUGGCCGAUGCACGCAUGUUGCGCUGCACGACUAGAUUGUUGUGCGCACGGUGGCAGCGGCAACGAUGCACGCAUGGCAACAGUUGCUGCGGAGCUAUGUAGCGCAGGCACAGGGGUUGCCGGAGCAAGCUCGGUCACAGGGACGAGGUAACAUAUCACGUUGUCGCGAUGGAGUAAGGUAUCAUGGUUACUCCUUUUAAGACAAGAUGUAACUUGCGCAAUAUGAUCCCAUAACCAAAGGGUCUGGUUUAACUUCUUUUUUUCAAAAAAUCUUGUUUUGAAGCACUCGUCUCUAACCGUGAAGAUGGGUCGUAAAUCCGACACACGGUUUGAGCUGUAUAAAAUUCUGAAGUUACGAAACGAACUGGUACAAAUGUGUU